CUAUCCUCCUACCACCACCCAGCGGCCCCUCGAUCCCAGCCUGAGAAAGUAGGAAUGCUCGUCAGUCGUGACUCACCUACGCGCCACCGGUCCAGCACAAGCUCCGCCCUGCCACUUCCCACGCCGGUGAACGUACAAAUACCCCAAGCCGGACGACGCAAAACUGCACACGUACCUACCCGUGCCCCGACGUCGCGCGUCGCUGAAGUUGCGCGCCGCGCACCGAACAGAUCGUCGACAACAAUGUCGUCGGGCGCCGCGGCCGAAGCCGGCGACGAGGUCGUCCACGACUUCUCCCCGCUCCUGCUGGUCUACAAGAGCGGCCGGCUCGAGCGGCCGCUCGACAUGCCGCCCGUCCCGCCGGGCCACGACGCCGCCACGGGGGUCGCGUCCAAGGACGUCCCGCUCUCGCCCUCCUCGUUCGCGCGCCUCUACCUCCCGCCCGACGCUGUUGCAACCAAGAAGCUCCCCGUCCUCGUCUACUUCCACGGUGGCGGGUUCGUGAUCGGGUCGGCCGCGACCCCCGCGUACCACCGCUGCCUCAACGACCUCGCCGCGGCCUGCGGCGCCCUCGCCGUCUCCGUCGACUACCGCCUCGCGCCGGAGCACCCGCUCCCCGCCGCGUACGACGACUCCCUCGCGGCGCUGAACUGGGCGCUCUCCGCCGCCGACCCGUGGAUCGCCCAGCACGGCGACCUGUCCCGCGUCUUCCUCGCGGGCGACAGCGCCGGGGGCAACGUCUGCCACCACCUCGCCAUGCGGCAGGAGUUCCAGGGGAAGCUCCGAGGCGUCGUCCUCAUCCACCCGUGGUUCUGGGGCAAGGAGCCCAUCGGCGAGGAGCCCCGGCCGGCCGGGAACAAGGGAGGCGUGGAGGAGAAGGGCCUGUGGGAGUUCGUGUGCCCUGAUGCGGUGGACGGCGCGGACGACCCCCGGGUGAACCCCACGGCUGCGGGCGCGCCGGGGCUGGAGAAGCUGGCCUGCGACAAGGUGAUGGUGUGCGUGGCCGAGGGGGACUUCUUGCGGUGGCGCGGAAGGGCCUACGCGGAGGCGGCGGCGAAGGCGAGGGGCCCCCAGCCGGCGGUGGAGCUGUUCGAGUCGGAGGGCGUCGGCCACGUGUUCUACCUGUACGAGCCCGCGUCGGAGAAGGCCAGGGAGCUGCUCCAGAGGAUCGUCGCGUUCGUCGGAGUGGAGUGAGACUGUGAUAGGCUGACCUCAUUGUGCGCCCUGGUGCAAGAAGAUUGUGAAGCCAGGUGGAAAUGUGAAAAUAAAAUAAUUGGAUGUUUACAAGAUUGUGUGUCUGCA